ACGUCACUUCCACCGGAAAACAUGGCGGCUGCCAGUCCGUCAGAUGCAGCUAAUUCACUGCCAAAGGAUGUCGUUAUCAAGACCGAGCCAGAAACCGAGAGCGAUCUACUCAUCACCCCGGAGGAUGCAACGCUCAAGCGGGACCCCGUCGUCCUGCUCUCGUCCCCGGUCAGCGGGUUACAGCCUCUCUCCUGGUCUCAGGACCACCGCCUGGCCGUCUGCACCAGCAGCUCUCUGUCUGUGAUGGAGCUGGUGUGCGACGUUCACAGCAAUAAACAGGACCUGACUCUGCACAGGACCUCCAUCCCUGUACCCAGCGACGUCUACAAACUGCGGGUAAAUACAAAUCAAAGCUUUAGCAUCUAGCAGCAGAGGGAAAAUGAUAAAAGUAAGAAAACAAGUGUAAAUAAGCGAGAAAACAUUUAAAAACCUGAGUGUAAACAGCUGGUUUAGGGCACCGAAAUUAUUCACACUGUAGAUAAUGAACCCGAGGUCAGGAGAAAUCAUUUAAAGUUUCUUAUUUUUGCAUCAAAGUGAUCCCCAAAAUUUGUUGAGCACAUCAAAUAAGAGGCUUCAACUCUAUUUUUAUUUUCUCAGCCUCACCUGGAGUCAUGAAAGGAUGAUGUAACUGAUGUAAAGUCAAUAUCUGCUGCAAACUGUCGACCUACUGCCAUAUCAAAACUGAAAUUUAAAUGCUGAAGCAUAUUAAACAGGUAUGAGACAGGAUCUAUCAGUAAAUUUAGUCUGAUGAAAGAAAACCUUUUAGAUCCCCUCCAGACAUGAUUUACUUAGCCUCUGCUUUGAACAAUAAUUUAGGGCAGACUAAGAGUUUCCAUUUAUAAAUCAUUUCACAACAUCCUCUUCUUCCCCUUUAUUGAAUAAUGUAGAUUUAAUGCACAUGAAAAUAUAUAUUCUGAAUUUGAAAGUCGCUAAAAAGUUUAAUCUUAUAUGACAAGAUGGUCCCACCUGAUGCCAUUAUCCCAACAGUUAUAAACAGUCAUUUUAUGUAUUAAUAGCACUAAUAAAACUGUUUUACAAACUGUUAUUGUCUAUAAAACUCAAACACAUGGUGAUGAGUUCUCCUGCACACACAGAGAGUAUACUAACUUUCUUAAUUUCUUUUCAGUAUCCCUGACAAGUCCCCCUCCAGAUUCUUGCUUUUGAGAAAUAGAAAUAUGCAGUGUUAAAAUAAUUCUGUCAGCCCUUUAAUGCAACUGUUGGUUUAUUUAAUUGCAUUUAUAGAGGGGUGGAUAGAGGAGAGAGGCUGCAGGCUGGGCUCAAACUCCGGCUUGUGUUAAAAUGCAUGCGUGUUCCCAUAAACAAAAGGUUCAGCCGUUGUUGCAGUGGUUGCUAGUUGAAUGCCAUAUUGUUUUACUCCCUGCUCUCUACAGCUUUCCCAUUAAUUAAAAUAAAACACUCUUCAAGGAAAAUCUCAGAAACAUGAACAAAAAACAUGUAGGUGAUGACAAAAUAAAACCAGCCUGAUUGUAGAAGUAGCAUGUUACCACUAUUUAUCUACUUGUAAAUCAACUUGUGCUUAACACCGCUAAGCUGCUCCUCACUGUCUGCUAUUAGUUUGGCUCUGGCUGAUAUUAAAGAGGACAAAUGUUGAUAAAAAAGGAAACAGAAAAACAAUUUGGCGGUCGUAAAUGUGUCUCUGAGCAUCUGCUCUGACGUGUAAACAGGAUUGUUUAAAGGUUCGUCUCUACUCCAAAAAUCCACUUGGCAGAUAAAAUACUGGCUGGAGCUGGAUUUUAUAAUCCACUAAGCACAGUGGCAGACAGGCAGAGACUGAUUCCUGCUGUCAUUUGGAGAUACGAUUAAGUGCUUGUAAAAAGGAGAGAUACGGAGCUGGAAGUAAUAGACAGUGGCAUCGAGCAUGAUAUGAUUUGAGACACCGCUAAACCGCUUCACCGAAAUUUCAGUGUUCCUACCGUGACUUUGCCUGUUCAUUAGACUUCUUUCUUACUUUUACCUGCACAGUAGAAAAAAAAAGUUUCAAGCAUGACCAAGUCACCCAGGCCUCCAUCUUACAGGUAAAAAUGAACAUGCUGUGUCAGAAAAAAGAGAUUUUCUUUUGGACUAAUGCUCCACCUCUGAUAUUUCUUUUAUUUGUGUUUUUAACUCAAAGGUUGGACCGGUGUCGGAGCUAGAAGAAGCGAUGGACAAGUUCUCCGCACAUCCAGACCUAACAAUAAGACAGGACUUUAUGGCUGACAGAGUGAUAAACCCAUCGAUAGGAGCGCACAAAGGAAUCAAAUACGCCAGCUGGUCUCCGUUGGGCUGUGACUCUAGCGGGCGUUGCCUGCUUGCUUGCCUAACACUCGAACACAGACUUACGAUUCAUAACAGCCACAAACGUCUGGAGUGGAACCUGUUAGUGGAUCUUUCCAAAAAGUACGGUGAUAGGCUAAAGGGGCGACGCUACGCCAAAAAAGACAAUAAGCCUCCAGUGGCAGGCCUGUUGGACUACGGGGAGCUGCAGAGGCGUUUCCGUAUGCAGACUCCUCUGAGGAUGGAGUGGUCGAGUGUUUACACAAUAAAACAGGUUCAGGCAGACAACACAUGCUUAGAUGUGGAGAUGGUCCUCCUCGCUGUCUUAAUGGAGAACGGGGACAUCGUUUUGUGGAAGUUUGUACUGCCCUUUUUGGACGGGGCUGACGUCAUGUUUUAUGAUGUCAUCGAAUCAGGUGUGGACAGGCCCAGUGACUUGGCGUGGUGGGAGUAUGAGAGCGCAGAUCGUCGUAUGAGCGGCUUGAUCAUCGGCAGCGAGGUGGGACCUGUCAAGAUCAUGCCGGUCAGCCUGUCGGGAGUGAAGGGCUACUUCACCCUGCGUCACCCCGUCAUCCUGUGGAAGGAGUGCGACGAGAUCGCGGUGGAGAACAUCAAAUGCGUCCCGAUGAUCCACCCGAUCCAAAAAUCAAGCUGCAGUCUCAUCGUGGCCUCACGGGGCUGCUACGUCUUCUGGUGUCUGCUCAUGAUUUCACCCGCCGGACUGAACGUCCACAACUCUCACGUGGCCGGGCUGCACUCACUCCCUGUGGUAUCGCUCGCGGUCAGUCAACAUGGCGUCGCUGUGUACACCUGCUCCAUGGAUGGGUGGAUUAAAAAGCUGACACCGACAUUCACAGAGAGCACCGUGAUUUUCAAACAAGAGGACAUGCUACAACCUGAGAACCUCACAGGAAGGAGGAUCAGUGGGAUCGCAGUGAGCCAUAACGGUGCUUAUAUUGCACUCUGCAGCACGCCAGGUAUGGUGGACAGCUUUCAUCCAGUAUCCAGGAACUACCAGGUUCACUAUGUUACCCUGAAAACACCAGAAGAGGCGGCGGCACUGCUGCUGAAGUCUCCUUCACAAAGCCUGUACAAAAUGGCUGACUUGCUCGAUCUCGUCAGGUGGCAAAUUUUGAAAAACCAGUGCAUUCCUGCGUCACUGCAGGAGAAAAUCGACCAAAAGAUCCAGGAAGCAGACUCUCUUUACUUUUGGCGGUUCAAGCUCUUUUUGGUGCGGAUACUUCACCAGUCACUACAGAAGCCUGAGACAAACAACCGCUGGAAACCUUCACACGACGAGAGCAAAGUGUUUGUGCCAGAUGAGCCGGAGGAGGAACAGGAGGACGAGGAGGACGGAGAGGAGGGGGAGGGAAAGGACGGCAACGAUAACGCACAAGAAGAAGACGAGCGAGCCGAAGUGAAAAAAGAGAAGGAGGUCAGCCGGGAGGAGCAGAUGGAGGAGGUGCAGGCUUGGAUCAAUGCUGUGGAAACACACCUGAUGAGAGAAAACAUCAAGAAGGUGCUGGGGGUGGUGUACCUCAACACCUGGAUCACUCAGAACACCAGCAUCCCCACCUGUGGCCUGAUGGAGUAUCUCUCCAGAGACACCAGCGACAGAGCUUCAGAGGUAAAACUCAAAGACCAAUCAGCUGUUUCUGUUUACUUCACUUUGUGUAACUGUAACUGUUUGAAUAAAUGUCACGUACUUCCUGAAUGAAUUAUACUUUCUAAGGCUUAAAAUUAAACAUGCAUCGAUAAAUCGGCCGGCUGAUCGAUUGGCGCCGAUUUCCUCAAUUUUGGGGGAGCGAUGAUCAGCAGAUCCUUACACAUAAAACCGAUUCUAUCCACUGAUCUUAUCUACCUCAGCAAAGGUCAGAAAGUCAGCCGUUGUAGCUUUCUGCUUUUGCCAGGAUGACAGGCCCACCCACCAGUUUAGUUUGUCCUGUCGAUUAUUAUUUUACUAACUUCCUCAAACCUUGUGAUUUCCUUUAUUUGUAAAAGAAAAAUACUACUGUGCACUUUAUUUUGGUAAGAGGCUCAAAACAGACCUGCAGUGUGACCUGUUGUGCAAGUCUUGUUAAUUUUUAAAAUGUGGAAAAUAAAAGAUUAAAGGAACUGAUAUAAUUUAGUAGUUUGGACAGAAAUAUUCUAAACUUUUUCAUUUAUAUUUGAGAGAACUACUUCAUGUGCAGUUAAAACAAACACAAAAAGGUUUGUAUUGCUCCACAAGUAUUGUUCAAUGUUUUUCAUUAUGUAAGAUUGGAGCAUCAAAGGUCUAUGUUUUAAGUUAUAAAAACAAGGUGUCGGCCAAAAUUGGUGUCGGCAGGUCAAGCUUUUUAAAGAUUGGUGAUCAAUGAUCGGUGAUCGGCCAGAAAAUUGUGUUUGGUGCACCCCUACUUAAAACAACAUCAAUUCAUGUCAUAAUCUAAUGAUACUAGGGAUGUCACGAUACAAUAUUAAUAUAGGAUAUCUGUCUGAUAUCAGCCAAAAAAACAAAUAUCGGAUUAUAUCGGCAGCCUGCAUCUAAAAUCUCCGAUAUUAACACUCCGAUACAAGCAGUCCUUUCCAGACUCCGCUCCGGCACCUGUAGCUAGCAGCACCGGGAUCUGGCAUGCAGAGCCCACAUGGUCACAACAAUAGUGUGUACUAAGGUACAAACAAAGUAGCAAGGAGUAGGAGUGAUGUCUGCUGUGUGGCGGUAUUUUUCAUUAAAGUCCAAAAAAGAUAUUGAAGCUGAGAGCAAAACUUGUCAUGCACAAGUUUGUGCCAAUAUCGGAUCAAUAUUGGUAUCCUAUUGGAAGUAAAAAAGGGACACCCCUAAAUGAUACCAACAGAAAAGAUAAUGGAUAUAAUAUGGUCCCUACUCUAUUUUGCACUGUGGGCUGGAGAGAAGCCUGCGUAUGUCCAACAGAAACUGACAGCUUAUCUUGACAAAAAGAUUAAUCACAACUCUCUAGGAUCAAGGUUUUUUUCUGCCUGAUUUAAGAAAAUAAAAAUUAAAAAAAUCUUAGCUUCAUUUAAAAUACUUUGAAAGAUAAACAAGCGCAACAAGAGUGGGUAAACUUGGAAAACUCAUGGAAGACUUUUAAAAAUGUUUCUGUUACUGUCAUACAAACCAGGUGAGAGUGAAACCCCUGAUCUUUGCGUGUACAUGUGCGUGUUUGUUACUCUUCUCAGGUACUUAUCGGGCUCAUCAAGAAGAAGAUGAACAAGCAGUCAUUCCCGGAGCACUGCAGCCUGUGUCAGGCCGUGUUGCCUUUCUCAGACCACAAACAAGCUACCUGUCAAAGCGGUCACAUGUGGCUCAGGUACAGAAUCCCUGUCUUUCGCUAUUUUGCAUCUUAUCCGCUAAAUACGGUUUUUAUUAGAUUUAGCCUCACAAUGCUCCGCGGGUUCAGAUGUCAGAGUUGAGUCUGACGGGACAUGAAUUGAAUUUUAAUGCCAAACGCUUUCUUUGACGGUUUAUUUAUCCUCACAGAGCUGUAAUCAAGCCUCCCACCUUCUGAUAUUUACACAUGCACCAGUCUCAUCAUCUCAUAAAUAUCCUCUGUCAAACAUUUCUGCUGCCUCCUCCGUAGCUGGAGCAUACUGCCUCUUGUGGGCAUUGAGAGGGAAAUCUGUGCCCGUCCCUUGUACCCUGGCUCUGUUUCUGCUCUACUUUUCUAGCUGUCGCUCUAUGUGUGGUUAGAUGUGUGUGGAUGUGCAUAUCGCUGUCCCUGCCAGCCGCCCCUCUAAUGCCUUCCCCCUCGGCCUCCUCCAGGUGUGUGUUGUCAUACCGAGCCUGCCAGACGCUGACGUUCAGACGUUGCCUCCUGCUGGAUACCAUCGCCAGACUGCCAGAGCCCGAGGGUAAGCGCCACUUUCCAUCUCUCUCCUCCUACAUUUCAUAGCCUCACUCUCCGUCAGCCAUUCCCUCCUGUCACCUUCAACGUCGGCCUUCAUCCUCCUCUGUCGCUCAGAUCUGCACCUGAAAUUUUGGGUCAAGAAUCUGUCAAAACCUCAUAUUUGAAUACAUCAGUAAUUGUAGAAAACAGAAAGUUUCAGAUAGUUUUAGAUAAUAAAAAAAAGCGUGUAAGCCACAAGUUUUUAGCUGCAGCAAAGGAAUAAUCUGUUUGUUUAACUUCGCCAACUUUGUCUGAUCCAAACUAAGUGCCUUUUGCAAGCGUUUAAGUACGUUUACUUGACUUCCUGCUGUGACCAGGUUUUUGAAAAAUCAUGUAAACAAGACAUUCAGUCUCUACAGUUAUGAGAAACUUGUGUGUGAGGAAGUUCCUCCAGGAGAAAGGCGCUUUAUCUCUAAUUUAACCCACGGCAGCUUUAUUAUCAGAGUUUCAGAGGCUUGUCAGGCUAAAAGAAAAGAUAACACACUUUACGUAGCGGUAACUCCUCUCAGUACGUUCAUCCAAAGUCUGCAGAGCAAAAUUAAAUGUGCUUCAGUGCAUCAUCCACUCACUUGUGCAGACUCUUUCCUUUCUGUAUCUCUGCCUCCAGCCGGCAUGUAAGAGCUCUGACUGUCAGCGGAUUUAGACGGCUCUCAAAACUCUGCAGAUCCUUUUCAAUCAGAUGAAUUUGUCAGCUCAUUGAAGCAAUUUUAGACCAAUACUCAAAUAUUUAAUUGAACUGGAGGCUGAGAUAAACGUCAAUGUUGGGAAUAUCUAAAGUUAUUUGUCUGAUAAAUAUUUAAAUCUGAUUUGAGUGCUUCAAAUCUUUUACGGUGGCAAUGACAGCUGACCUCCAUGUUUUAGAGAUGGGUAUGAGUACGCAACAGUCACUCUUAUUUUUAGAAUUAGUAAUUAAACAAUGAACACAUUAGACUCUGAGUUCAGAUUAUAGAGCGCUGUCCUAUUGUCCUCUGAUGACUGGGUCAGUUUUAGGGAUGUCGUGUGGAUACUGGCUGAUGUGCCGUUUUCGCUCACUUCCCAGGACAGUUCUGCACAUGCUUGUGUAACCAGGCACAGCCUAGAAACUGCUUUAUUCCCAUUUUCCAGAGUAAAUACUGCCAAACUACUCUGCACCAUGAGAUGCCAUCUGCCGUGUGGACUUGUUUCCAUCCAGAUAGUUGAACAUUUUGGCAGAAGCCUUUACCGAGCUACAGCUGUGGUGAGUGCUUUGUUGGAUGAAGCUGGUGCUCGUGUCCAUGACAACAAGGGAUAUGGUGAUGGCUUUUGUAUAGAGAAGUUCUAUUAUAUUCAGAUUAGGGCUGGGCGAUAAACCGAAUUUAUACAGAUAUUGAAAUUUACGACAAUAACCAACCCUUUUUUACCCAUGUCAAUAUAUUAGGUGUGUAGGUAGGUUAUGGUCUCAUGUCCCUUUAAGACACUGUCUUAUGUCAGACAGGUGACUCCACCCUAUCCAGUCAGUAACAAAGAGGGAAAGACAGGUGAGGAGAUGGAGGACGGUUCAGAAGUUGUAGCAGCUGGAGUGGCGGCUGAAGUAGACAGUUAAUGUGAGAGGGGGUGAGCAGCUUGUGGAGUAGUUAUCGUCUAUUUAUCGUUAUCGAGGUGAACUGCUCAAUAUAUCGUGAUAUUGAUUUUAGGCCAUAUUGCCCAGCCCUAAUUCAUAUAAUUAAAUGACAUGACUUAAGUAAAAUGUCUAUCAGUUUAAGAAGUAGAGACACAACGCGGACUCUGCAGCAGGUGGCUUCAACAAUAAGCUUCACCUAACGUGCUUAGUCAACGUGACUCUCUUUACAACGACCUUUCACAUAUGUAGCCUAAAGUGCAUCCCUAAAGAACAAAGAUUCAAACUAUAAAUAUAUGAAAAGAGUAAAACGGCAACAUGUCAGAAGUAGGUAAGUAACAGACGGCUGAAUAAAGAAGUUCAUAUGUAUCCACCAAGUGUACAGGCAGCAUGAAUGCCCACAUACAGUGAGUGCAUAAUCAGAUCAAACUGCCAGUGAAACCUUUUGGAUAUUCAGAUACCAAGAAGCGAACUGAUUUGUUAUGAAUCCUCGUUAGGAGCGCAUAGUUCUUUAUUUUCUGGCAGGGGAAAAAAAAAACACAGUUCUCUCUUCAGUGUUUGAGUAUCGGCUUUAUCUGGCUGCUACAUGCAUCCCAGGUCUUUAUCAGUCUGUCUGAGCGCCUGAGGCACGGCUCUCCUCGUCAUUCCAGCCUAUCUGAGCUGAAGACUGACAGCUCUGUGCACUUUUGGCAUCUGUCAGAAUCAACAUCAUCCCAGCACCUGUCUCAAAACAUCUCACAGAUCUCUGCGGCUUCUAUAUUUGGAUCGUAAAGCUGGGCUCAGCCAAUUAUUGUUAGUUUUUACUGUAAAACAUCUUUUUCAGAUGUGAACGUAUAUUGCUGUUUUUUUUUUUUAUCCAUCUGAGGAGAUUGUUCCUUAAAUGUGUCACAGAGGAAACUCCUAUGCUCGCUCAAAUUUGAUAUAUGAUGACAGAGGAAACAGCUGUAAUGAUCGGUUCAGAGAGAGGACACAAUCCGCCGUGCGCUUCAAUAAAACAGUAAAGAGGGUUAACAACAACAGAUGUCGUUGAGUGUCAUGUGGUCGUAUGAAACAAAUUUAUUAAACUUAAUUCCACAUCAUCCUUAAAACCUUAGAAUUUAACCCUAAUCGUUUGAAACUAGCUGUUUCAAUCCAGAUUUCAUUUAUUUUCAUAAAAGCUUCUGUGAACUUUCCUGACACUCCCUCAUUGCAUAAGCUCUUGAAUUCAUCAUAGAAAUCAGUAACUAAUUUUGCAAACCAAUCUUGAAAAUAAGAACAUGUACAGGUCCAUCUCCACGAAUCAAAUUGUCAUGAAAAGUAAUUUUUUUUUUAGUUAAAAAAUAAUGGUACAUGAGCUAACACUGGAUUAGCAACAUAUUUGAAGUUUUGCUCCAAAAAGAGGUUUUACAGCUAAUCUGUUAAAUGCAAACUGCUUUACACAGUAUCAGUGAUUAAAACCAUCAUGUAGAGGCAGGGCUUGACACUAACUUUUUUCACUAGGAGCGCAUGUGCUUCUGAGUUGAAAAAGUAAGGAACACACAAAGAACUUGAGGGGCACAAUGAAAAUUGAUCAAAUAAAGAGCUGUGUCUUAUUGGUCGACAUAAGUACUAUGAUUUGAAAUCAAUUUUAGGUCAGUUGGUUCACAUGACAUGGAGGGUAUAAAAGGAAAACAGCCUUUUUUGAGAACAUCAACUGGUAAUUUAUUGACGAUCCCUUAUUCCGAGUAGAUUUAACUGCGCUGCUGUUGUUAUUCCCGGUAAUGGAGAGUGAGAAGACACUGGUAAAUCCACAGUGAAUGUCCAUCAGAUAUCCAACCUAAAACUAACUUCACCGCAGUAUUUACAUGAAAAAACUUUUUACGCACACGUGCCCUUAAAUACAUUUAACAAUUCGCACACAUCUCUUUUUAGUCGCAAAUGCGAGUGAAACGGUCGCACUGUCGAUCCCUGUCUAGAGGAGAGUUGAAACUAAUAAAACGUCUCUGACUCAGUCCACUCAGCGCUGAUUGUCACAUGGGCCCACGCUGUUCAGAAAAGUAAAGCUGAUAUGAAUUGAAGCCUCGCCUACAUUUCCUCCACACUCUGAUAAAAUGCUCUGAAUUAAGCAGCUUAUUGACCCCACACUUCCAAAGGUUUAUUUUCAUUUUAAUCUAACUGCAUGCAAGACUCUUUACUUUCAAAUCAUGCUCAUGUGAACUUUUCCAUUAAUAAUUCCAGAGGCCGUAGCGUUGGUUUGGCUCUACGCUUAAAGUGCGCCCCAUGUACAGACACUUCAGCACUCAUCACAGCAGUUGGUGGCUGAAAUCCCUGCCUUGAACUUUUGCUGCUCAUUAUUCCCACUCCAGGAAAAAACACCCGUUUAUAAAUUUACACAGUUUUUAUUGGUCAAAGAAUCAAAGCUUUAAAAAAAUUCAGUGAUUAUUAGUUUGUUAAGAUUACGAUUAAAUACGUUUUGUUACUUGUUAACACUGUGUUUUUAUAUUGGAAGGGAAAUGCGUCCAGGUCCGGUCCAGUGAAACUGCUCUUCACACUAUAAAUGAGAGUUUGGUUUGGGCUUGUACUGAAAUAUGAGACUUACAUGUCAAAUCUCCUCCACCGAGUGAAGACUGAAAGAGGCUUUGAUACAAACACAACUUGUCUCUUCUCCCCACAGAUCCUGAUUGGAUAAAGAAGAUCUUGCAGGGACCCUGCACACUCUGCGACUCGCCGAUGAUCUAGACUUGGCUAAACCACAAUACCUCAGGACCUCUCUGCGAUAACAACCUGGCGUAGGGUCCAAUUUUGUCAGAAAUCACUGCGACCUUUUUUUAUGUACUUUGUUCAUGUUUUUUAUUAUGACUUUAUUUUGGAGCAAAUAAAAGGCUUUGAUUAGACGCUCUAACUCUCAUUUCCUCCCGAGUUUAGCCCUCAAAGCGUGCACAAAGACUGCCUCCCUCUGCUGCAGUUUUAAAAUUAAUAUUUCACUGAGGUAAAGCAUUUUGGACUCAAACUUCACAGUCUCCUUUAUUUUCCGGCGUCUAAAAUUAAUUCCCAGUCAGGCGCAGUGUUUGCGUAAGGGUGCUCAGAAACAAAGUUUCAAAUGUGGAGGUUUCUAUUAUUCAGUAGGACUUCAGGGCAACCAUAAAUAAGCUCCCUCAUUUUCCUUAUGUUGACUAUGUUUCCAAACCUUUGGUGUAGUUUUUAUAGCAAGUAAGUGGAACUUACUCUGCUAGUCCUAUUUUAGUGAAGCUUUUUCUUUUUCUUCCUUUUUUUGAGUGCAACAAAUAAUACACUCUGAAUAAUACAUACUCUGGAAAAAACUCAACAUACCUACUUUAAUUGGCACUGUAAAACAAUUUCCAAGCUCUGGGAGGAGGAGGAGGAGGAAGAGGAGGAGGAGGGUGGUGGUGGUGCUCAGUCAUUCUCUCAGAUGAGGACUUCCGCUAAUGUAAACGCAGAAGAGAAGGAGCGGCGAGGCAGAUGAGAUGAGGAAGAGGCAGGAAGAAAGCAAAAAGUGUGCUUAAAAACCCGGCGCGCUCCCUCCCACGGGAGCGCCUUGUAAUGAGAUUCAGCAGUAAUGAGGGACAGAACAUGGCGCCAGAUGUGAUUCUAAUUCUAAUCAAGGAGGGGAGGGUGGUGAUGGGGGUUAGAGAGCAUAUUGUUAAAUACAAUUAACCCUUUUUUCCUAUUUGGAGGGAACAAGGGCUGAUGGGAGGGGAUACAGGCUCAGCAGCAUGUUCCUCAUCGCGGCUCCUUGUUCUGGAGACACAGAGGUCGGCGGCCGGUGAUCAAAGAGGGGAUCUGGACCUGAGAGACCGGGCCAGCGGCAGAGGCUCCUCCAUUCAAACCCGCGGCUGCCUCUCAUCCCUCACAUCCCCCGGCCCGGCAGAGGUGGGGCGGGGUCUUCCCUCCUUCUGGUGUCACUGGAGAUGAUAGCCUGCCCCGGGGCGAGGAGAGAGAAGGCAGCUCUGCUCCAAACACUCAGGACCGCUUGAAAGAGGGAACUUUCUUUUUAUUCCAUAUCCCACAUUUCUCUAUCCAGUGAUGGCAUUUAUUUACCCGCCAAAGACUGACUGAAGUUUCUGACUGAAUCCUUUCUUUACUCGAGGAUUUUCUCCCAAUUAACCAAAAAGUGAAUCAUUUAUCAAACUGAUGUAAGCAAGAAGAGGAGGCUGGUGGUUGGAUGAGUUUAAACAGGAAAACUGAAAAAUGUAGGCUUGUUUGGGCGCCAUAAGAAUGUCAGUGUCUUUGUGAACACCCAGGGCCAUAUGGGGAAAAAUAACUGGAUAUCAACUCAGAGAGGACAAGAACCACCACUUCCUAUAGGUGUAGAUUUAACCUGAGUGUGUGUUGGUCUUAGAAACGACAGUCAGGGGUAUUUGAGGAUAUAAAAUACGGUCUAAUAAGUGCAUUUACAUGACAAUCUCAGUUUUUAUUGUAGUUUCUAAAGUAGCCCAUAUUUGUGGGUCAGGGUUAGGCAUAUAUGCAGAUAUCAUAUUCUGAUUUUAAAAGACUGCUUUUUAGGAACCAGGUUCUGCUUUCCAGGGAGCGCCAAAAGCAAACAGGGCACUGUCCCACUGAGCAAUAGACGGCUAUUAGACGUCUAGUAUUUUUUUUUUUUAGACCUAAUUUCAACCGUCUAGAUUCUGUAUAUUUUUAGACGGGAUUUAGACGUUGCACUUUAACCCAUUAUUUGAUAACUAUUUAUUUCAAAAAGCAACUGUGAGUUACAUAACUGAUCUCCAAAUACUUAACCAAAAUAAUUAUUAUAGCCGUUGAGCAAUAUGCAGUGUAGUAUAGAUACAGCCCAGAUUUAGACUUGGUCUAAACUUGGUCUAAAUUUAGACGUCUAAAAAACUUCCAUUUUUAGACUUUUGUUAGCCUGAUUUUAGACCAGUCAUUUAGGCUACAUUUAGAAGUCUAUUAGACCUCUUUUAGACCAAAAAAUGCUCAGUGGGGUGGCAUGUACAGUGUGUGCACAACAUGAGUUUCUGACAGUUACUGACUACUUGCACCGAUGUGGUCUUAGCUCAGUCUCAAUGAAAGACUUAAAAAUUAUUGGAAGUUUAGAUGUGAAACAACAUUAAAAUCUGAUCCUUUUUAGUCUGAGGUGGUCUCCUGUUCCUCAGAUUUCAUAAUUGCUGCACUUUGGGUUGUAGAAAAUAAACAUCACAAGAGCCUGGGUGAAUAAGAUGCAUCUUCAUUUGUAUCUUAAAGCCAAAUCUUGAAAACAAGCAUUUAUCAUAAUCAGGUUUUUUCUUUGUGUGUGAACACUCACUGAUUGGCUCUGGCCACAGUGUCUCUUUUUAAAGAAAACUCUGUCACAGAUUUUCCCAAAAUAAAGCAACAGAAGUUCAAAGAAUCCUCCUAAUUGUACGGAGACAGCAAGGCCCUGAAAUAACCUCGCUAUUAAAGAAAAAGAGCUGAGCUCAGCGCUUCUUUAAAAAAAUAUAAAAAUCCACUCAAGUUUAAUUCCAAGUUUCCGACGGUGAGUAAAGUGGAUGGUUGCUAAAAGCUCUUCGUCAGCCCUGCCUGUGGUGGGUUUGUGGAGUGGAAGUGGCUCCUCAGGUUGUAAUGUUCCUGUCACUGAUAGGUGGAGACCAGCACUGUUACAGAGGUUAGCUGUGUUUGGUUGAUCCUCCUCCUGCUUUAGUGUAAUAAUCCGUCAAAGAGCAGCUCCACCAGUAAUUACCUGCUUCCCCUCCCUCCCUCUCCCUCUGUCUUUGCUCUCAAGACUUCAAACGGAGGAUUUUUCUCUUUGCAUACAAUAUUUAUAUCCUUUAUGUCAGUGGCUGGAUGGCAUAAAACAUUCAUGGCACCUUUUCACACCUUAAUUUUAUGUGAUAUUCCUUUUGUUUUGUUUAGAUUUUGAACAAGAUCCGUGCCACUGUGUCUCUCAAGAGCAUCUAUUCAUUUUGUAGCUUCAGUGUUUCCUCGUUUUCACGCACAGAGACGUGUGACUGCUUCACCUGGUGGGAUCACCGCAUUGUUUUUGUAGAUCUGCUGCUUUUAUGAGCCUCCUGUUGAUCUUUUAUUACACACUUUGGCGUAUUUUUGAGGAAAGUUCACAAGUAGUUUAAGAUGAUACAAGUAAUGAGAUAAUGUUAUUUUGUCAGCCAACAUCAGCUCCACUUAUAAUAAGCCGUCGUUAUGCAGGAGUAUUUCAAAGCGCCAGUGAACUUAUAUUCAUUAUUUUCAUAUCAGUGUUGAAAGAUUUAAUGUGCAGAAUUUACCAAAAACAUUUUCUCUCUAAAACUAACCAAAAGUAUGAUGAUAUGAGAUAUGUUGUGCAUAAUUCAGUCUGAUUUUUCCACUUGAUAGGCUUUCCAGUCGACAAAAAAGUCUCUACAGUUUCAGUGGUUUGGUCUAAUUUAGCUCCACUCAAUUCAAAAACUAAUUUUAUGCAAAAACAUCUCCUCACCUGUUUCUUAAAUCUGACAACUUUGAAAAACUUUUUGAGUGUUUUGCUCUUUAAUUAGACCAAACUGUAAUCUGCCUAGUGAUUUGCUGCGAUUUGCCAAAGUGCAUGUAAGGAAAGCACCUAAAAAGUUGUGGAAUAAGGCUUUGAAUUAGUUUAUGUAGGCAACAGUCUAGAGUGGGUGGUUGUGGGUUCGACUUAAUCCCUCACCCAAAACCUCAGACCUCAAAACUUCCUAUCCGUCCCACUGCCACAUCUUUGACACACACAGUUCAUGUAGAAAGGAGUUAGGAAAAAGAAAGAAGGGAAAAGAGAGGGAAAGGGUGAAGGGAGUAAAGCAAGAGAGGAGAAAAGAAAGAAAAAAGAGAAGGAAGAAUGAAGGAAGGAAGGACUGAAAGAAGGGAGCAGGGAAAGAGGAAAGGAGAAAAAAGUGAAAGGAAGAAGCAAGAAGAAAAGAAAGGAAGGAAGUAGGGUGGAAAAAAGGAAGGAGUGGGGGUACGAGUCAUGGCAACAAUAAUAAAGCUGAAGCAUAAA